AUGCAGCGCUGGCAAACGGCUGCGACGAAGAGACGCGAACUUCGAGUUCUUGCUCACAAAACGCUGCAUCAGUGGCAGUCCCGCCUGCGGCGUCAGCUGUGCGUCGUUGCUGUGCACUUCCGGUGUAUGUACGCGGAAGACGUCAGCGGCAAGGCGAGAACCGAAUCGCGCGUUUCACGGCGUUCAAACACAGAAAGUCGCGUCGACGGGGCUGAACAGCGGACAGCUUUUUCUCGACAUUGUCCAGGGGAAAGCGGAGACCUUUCAGAGGGCGCUUCCGCUUCGCCUCAUACGACUCACUGCUCCUCUUAUUCCCACAAACUCACAUCAGUGUCUUCAUCUUCUUCAUUUACAUCUGUAUUUCCUCCGGCAUCCGUCUCUUCACCCUCUUCCUCUCCUUCCUCUUCUUCCUCCCCCUCUUCUUCUUCUUCCUCUUCUUCCUCCCCCUCUUCUUCUUCUUCCUCUUCUUCCUCCCCCUCCUCUUCUUCUUCCUCUUCUUCCUCCCCCUCUUCUUCUUCCUCCUCUUCUUCUUCCUCUUCUUCUUCCUCUUCUUCUUCCUGUGCUUCAGUUUUAGGGUCCUGCGUCGUUUCUGCCCCGCAGUCUUCUCGCCAUUUUUCUCCGCACACAUCUCUGUGUGUGAUGCUUCUCUCCACGCUGCUCGCUUCUGUCCAGCAGCGCCUCCUUUUUCUGUCCUUUCUGCGUCUUCGUGAGCGGCGAGUUCCCUCCUGGAGGCGGGAGCGCAGCAGAAAGGGCAGCGCCCACGACGCGGGUCGUUGCGCCGGCGAAGUGGGGACAGACGCGAGAGCCAGGCGAGAAGGAGGCGGCGUGCCUGGAGACGGAAGAAAGGAACAGGCGGCGGGAAGAGAGAAGGCGUUCGCGAUCGGACCGAGGAGGCACAGGGCCGAAGCGGAAGGCCGACGAGAGCAGGAGGAGCCUCCGACCGAAGUUGCUGCACAGGAAGAAAGACGAAGUGGACGCGAAGAAGACGAGGACGAUGUCGGGAGAUGGAAAGGGCAGGAGUCGGAGAGCGAGACGGAGGGCAGCAGAGGGGAAACGCCUACGCGUUCGUUUCCUCUUGAGGAGAAAGCGAAGUUAACGGCGACAGCGGUGUUUCGUCUGUCUCUCUCGAGGUCUCUCUCACGAAUCAAACGACAAGCUUUUCUCUCUCUCGCUCACCACGCCAGGCGUGAGCAACGACGACGGCCAAACCAGGCAAAAAGGCGAGAAGAAGUAACCGAAGGAGACGCGAGACGGGAGGAAGUUAUCGGAAUGAGUGCCCGCAGAGAUUUUUCAGAAAAAAAACGGAGCGCUAACAGAGGAAACUUGGGGUCUCUCUCCGCCACCUACGCAGCGCUUCCUUCGCGCACAUCCCGAGUUCUGGGUGGAGACACUCCAGAUUCCUCGACAGCCCUCGCCGUCUUCCUCGGCACAGUGAAGGCGGCCAUUCUUCGACGCGUCAGAGACGUAUUUACUCUCUGGGAACUCACCACAAAGUGA